AUGAAGCACCAUUACCCCAAGGAGAGUCCACAUUAUUUCCUGAACAGACAAGAAUAUACAGGAUAUUGGAAGUUAACUUUAAUAGCUUAUGAAGAGUAUAACAUUGAAGAUGUUAGGAGAUAUUAUAUCUUUAGGAUUAUUUUCUUAUAUUUUUACAAGAUCAAGUCACUUAACAUUGACACUAUCCUUAGCAUUGCCAUUCUGAUUUGCAUUUAUAUUAUAUGGAUGAAUUAA